CGGUGGCAUCGAAGACCCCGUUAGACGUUUUGAACAAUCGAAUGUCUGACAUAUCUCGAUUCAGGUCCAGUUGUUGAGGCGCGGUAGCCUCUUGGUUUGUGCGCUCUUCUCAGAUCGAGCGAUCCGGGUUCGAGCCCUGGUUAGGUGCUUUGUGUUAAAUCUCACAGUGCUUAUCUCCACCCAUGAGUAUAUAUAAAUGGGUACCAACGAACUUAAUGCUGUGGGUAACCCUGCGAUGGACUAGCAUCCCAUCCAGGGGGAGUAGAAAUAUUCCCAGUCGCUUCAUGCAACAGAGACCAGAGAUAAGUGCUUGCUAAUGAGCCACUUGACACGCAUGCAGACUUAACCUUUUUUUCACAUGGAUUCUCAGAAUAAGUGGGUAUACUACAUGGUUUUAACUAGUUGGUUUUAUAUUGCUUCCCUGCUUGAAUGCUAGGGGUAAAAGUAAGGGUUAAGGUUGACUUGGAUGCUAGCGCAAGACCAACAACUAUAUUCGUACAUUCAGCGCCAACAGGGAGACAUUGUAUAGGGAUGCUGCAGCCAAGCCAAAUUAUUGCGCCUGCCUCCGGCUGGUGCAGAUAUGCACGAGUUGGAGGUGGGGAACUUGUGUUCGCCUGCGGGAUUGAUGAGGUCGCUUAAAUGGGACUCGUUUUGAAUUGAUUUUUUUGUAUCACGAACUAGCGCGUCGCGAAUCGAAAGAUGCGCGAAACCCUAAGAUCUAGCAAUAGCCAAACCUGUGCAAAGAUUUUGCGCGCGUGGACAGACCAAACGACAUUACACGUCUUUCCAUCCCCCACGGAAACAUCCACACAGCUGUCAUGGUAACAGUAAUCGCGGAAGAAUUGGGUAACUUAUGGGAGGGAGUGAGAAAAAACUCCUUGCACUUUGCCCAGACAGUAUGAGGAGAGUAUUGUGCCUGUUUAGAGAAAAUGCAAAACUCUUAGCUGCAAAAAAUUUUCAAAGCGAUCGUCUAGUUGCAAAUCUAAUCUAAAUAUUAAUGUGGACAUUUUUCCAGUAUUUGCAAGCUACGCGCAUGGCUGUUCUUCCAAAGGAAACAACGCUGCUACUACUGUUUGUUCUCUUCUACGAAAACUUGACACUGGAACAAGAACCCUAUCAAUAUUUUGAGAAGAACUGGUGCCGAGAACGUACACUGCGAACCGAUUGGCGGACGUACACUCACUCGUGCCCAAGCUACACGCGACAUUGGGCUUUCGACGUGUGGUCCGACGACUUCAAGACUAACCCUAACCUGAGUUAUAUUUCCGGGGCAGAAAUCAAUCCCGCGGGACAUUUCAGUAAGGUUUACAUUCAGUCUGUGACGGUCUUGAACCGCACAAAGACGUUCGGCGGUGAUGCGUGGCGUAUGAGAGUGAACGGCCAGGCGGAUCUUGUAGCGUCAAUGCACGAUAUGGAAAAUGGCACUUACCAGGCCAUGUUUCUUCCAAUGGAGCAAGGGACCUAUUCACUGCAGAUUGUGUUAGAUUACACGUUAUGUCACGGACUCAAAAAUCCGCCUCCUGAUUGGUUUAGCAGAGGCUGCCGCCAUGGAUCUUUUCAAAGACCAGGAACGUUAAUAGCAUCAGAUGACUACAUUAACAGACCCCUGUUUUACGGUGCAUAUUUCUCCAUACAAGUUCCGCCUGCUGAUCUGCAGGACGCUCAAUAUUUAGAUUCAUUGUUCAACACGAGUGCCCAGUGGUGUAAUGAGAGAUGUAAUAUGCUCUGGGAUGGUUUUGGAAGAUGGAUCAAUAACUACUGGGUGCCCUAUAAAAACGUUGAUUACAGUUCCCCGCGGUCAGGUCACAGGCAGGGGUCUGGUGUCUUAUGGAUAUAUGGCGACUCGCAUAAUCGACGGUUCUACGAAUCUCUUCAACGAGGAAAGCUGUGCACUCGUGUUUUCCGCGCUUGUUAUCACACAGAUGUUUGGGUCUAUUGGUUAAGUUCGGUGAACUCGAACGAAAUGGAUCUCAGUUACGGAGGUCAGGAUAUUAACGUGACACAAGUGGUAGGAGAGCUCCGAAAAGUCGUGACGCAGCCUUUGAUGGACCAAGAUAGCGCCUUAGUACUAAACGCUGGAGUUCACCUCUUGAAAAGCACAAGUUUUAGAAAUUACCAGAAGGUCAUCAAAGGUUUUAUUCGACUUCUAAGGGGCAUCUACAGAGGUAAAGUGAUAUGGAAGACCACGCCCUCCCUUGGCAAACAGACCGAGCUGUAUACUGGCUGUUCUCGGCGCUUUCACACUGAACAGCGAAUUAAAUUGUUCAACGCCUACGCUAUGAAGAAAAUGUGUGAAGCUGGUAUCCCUGUGCUGGAUGUGUAUCACAUCAGUGCAGCAUACCCUCACGGCACUAUUGAUGGCAUCCAUUAUCCACACUUUGUAUUCUACCCAGCAGAGGACGCAUUGGAAAAAUACUUCACCACUUGACUUCUAUACUCGCGGGUAGUGCUACUGCCUAUUAUUACUGACCUGUAAUGCGAGCCUUGAUAAAGAGUCACAAUGGUUUGUCCGCACAUGUAUAUACCUGUGUAUUUUCUUUCGCGUCCUCGGACAGGUGAUCAAAUAUUACUUCUUGUUAGCGCUGGGCUCGGUGAUUUUUCAGGAACAUUCAAAGACGUUUUGUU